CUUGAAGCUGAGGCAGUCACUCUGAGAGGAAAGGCUCUCAGUGUGAUGCUGUUGGACGGAAACUGCUCCUCUCUAACCGGUCCUUGCCCAAACCUUUCACUCAGCCCGGGCUGUGUCAGUAAUACAGCUUUGCUUCACCCAUUCUCGGGGAAUCUGCAGCCGCUCAGGCUGAAGCAGAAGCUGAGAGGCUUGUCAUCCUGUCCAGGCUGUCUGCAGACGAUAGGGGGUUUACAGGAGCUGAGGUCUAGGCUAGGGCAGGGCAGAGCUGGCUGUCAGGCCAUUUGUGCCGGGCCCCACGGGAAGCAAGCAUGAGCGUUCCUAUGCUCAAGAUUGGGGCCGUGCUCAGCACUAUGGCCAUGGUGACCAACUGGAUGUCUCAGACUCUGCCCUCACUUGUGGGACUCAAUGGGACCACCAUCUCCAGGGGUGGCACUUCAGAAAGGAUUGUAAGUCAGGCUCUUUACCCCAGCCCAGAGGAAGGCUGGCAAAUCUACAGUUCAGCACAGGACGCAGAUGGGAAGUGUAUCUGUACCGUGGUGGCACCCGCUCAGAACAUGUGUAACCGCGACCCACGCAGCAGGCAGCUCCGCCAGCUCAUGGAAAAGGUUCAGAACAUUAGCCAGUCAAUGGAGGUUCUGGAUCUGAGAACCUACAGAGACCUUCAGUAUGUAAGAAACACCGAAAGUCUCAUGAAGGUUGUGGAUGGAAAGUUGAAAGUGGCUUCUGACAAUCCGCGCAGCCUCAAUCCCAAGGGCUUUCAGGAGUUGAAAGACAAGGUGAACCAGCUGCUCCCCCUGCUGCCGGUGCUGGAACAGUACAAGGCAGAUGCCAAGAUGAUCCUGCGCCUUCGAGAGGAAGUGAGGAAUCUUUCUUUGGUGCUGAUGGCCAUCCAAGAGGAGAUGGGAGCCUACGACUAUGAGGAGCUGCGCCAAAGAGUCCUUCUGCUGGAGACCAGACUCCACUCCUGCAUGCAGAAACUAGGCUGUGGGAAGCUCACUGGUGUCAGCAACCCCAUCACAGUUCGAGCAUCAGGAUCAAGAUUUGGCUCCUGGAUGACAGAUACGAUGAUACCCAGCUCAGACAACAGAGUCUGGUCCAUGGACGGUUACUUCAAGGGGCGGCGUGUCCUCGAAUAUCGUACGAUGACCGACUUCAUGAAGGGCCAGAACUUUGUGCAACACUUGCUCCCACAUCCUUGGGCUGGCACAGGCCACGUGGUCUACAACGGCUCACUCUACUACAACAAGUACCAGAGCAACAUCAUUAUCAAGUAUCACUUCCGUUCCCGUAGCGUGCUUGUGCAGCGCAGCCUCGGCGGAGCCGGAUACAACAACACUUUCCCGUAUUCCUGGGGUGGCUCCUCUGACAUUGACCUGAUGGCGGAUGAGAAUGGACUUUGGGCUGUUUACACCACCAUCCCCAAUGCUGGGAACAUCGUCAUCAGCCGCCUGGAACCCCAGAGUCUGGAAGUGCUGCAAACCUGGGACACGGGUUUUCCCAAGCGUAGUGCUGGAGAGUCUUUCAUGAUCUGUGGCACACUGUAUGUCACAAACUCCCACCUUGCUGGUGCUAAGAUCUACUUUGCCUACUACACCAACACAUCAAGCUAUGAAUACACAGACAUCCCAUUUCACAAUCAGUACUCCCACAUCUCCAUGAUGGACUACAACCCUCGGGAGAGGGUUCUAUACACCUGGAACAACGGACACCAGGUGCUCUAUAAUGUCACACUCUUCCAGGUUAUUAAGACGUCUGGAGACUAGAGGCCCAAAUUAAAUUGAAACAAUGCUGUGAUCAUUGUUUAGGGGAAACAGAGGAGCUGUACGGAGAUGGGUUUGGUCCAUGAGAGAUCGUGGUUGGGGGCUGAAAUCUGGGGGCUUAGGCUCAGAUUUUUUAAAAGAAUUUCAAUCUUCAAAGAGUGCUAUUAUUCACAUUCUGAGAAGAUCUUCUGACAACUGAGUCAGAUUCAAAAGACUGAGCAUUUUGUUUUGUUUUUUAUUUUCCUGUCUGUGAUGAAUAAGCAUGGUUCUUUUUAUUUGUGAAGACAAAUAAAACAUCCACUUUACCAUUAAAGAUGUUGUUUUUUCAUUGUUCCUCCCCGUCUAAACAAGACUUUAGGCUUGAAAGUGGUGGUAAAGGCCUUGAUGGCUUUAUUUAAUGUUUCACUUCCAACAUUUUUAAGGUUCUGCCCAACAUGAUGGCUCUAAAGAUAAUCUUUUCAGAUAUUCCUUCCCAUGUGUGGUGUGUUAGGAGUGCUCUUGUGUGCUUGUGCAUGUUAGGACUGCUCAGAUCAUAAAUACGGCCUUUCGAACAUGUUGGAUUGUCUUGGUCUGUUUUUUGGGGAUAAACAAAGGCGCUGCUUGUUGAAUGUGACAUCAGGCCAAUCAGAAAGGGAGGAGAUUGAAGUACACUGCACGCUUCUCCUCCACCAUGUUUGUUUACUUUGAAAUAACAUUUUAUUUUGUUAGAUUGCCCAUGUGAAAAAGCCCAGUUUGUGUAUGAACUGGGUUUGUUUGUAGUGUGUACUUUUGGCUGUGUUGCUGAACAUCACACACUGUAUGACUGAAAUGGUUAUAUGCAUGAUUUUUAACUCUUGUGGUCUCACAUGCUUUGAAAAUCGGCCAACAGUUUGAAAAUCCUCCCUUGCAACCCGGGAGUAAUUUAUCUUUUGGUAAUCGUUAUUUCUUUUUAUAUAAAUAUUGGAAUCUGACCAGUGAGAUUCAAGGAAUAAAAUGUAGACAUAAAAUGUGUUCAUCGUUCAAAAACAGAAGGUAAUUACCACUAAUGCAAAAUUCCCCCCCAAUCAUGAAAUGACCCGGUGACAGCAGUUGAAUAUUGACAAGAUACUUUUCUUUAUCUUGAAAAACAGCAUACGCCUUUGUGCAUUCUGGGCAAACACACUUUAUGCUUCCAUGGUGUGAAAUUCAACAGCCUGCCAGCACUAACAUUUUAUAUUACAAAGGUGUUUGGAAGUGAAAGCAAAACAUCUGGUAAAAGGUGCAGGCGUUGGUGUGACUGGCUGAGAAGAGGGAGUGAGAAGCCAAAAUGUAAAAGGUGUUUACACUGGAGCAGCGAACUGAUGCUUCACAGUCUGUGUGGCUUGUCAGGCUCCAAUCUGCUUUAACCGUCCCACUGUCCUAAUGGGUGUGACCCCGCGAGGAAAGUUGACCAGUGAGCAGGGUUGAUGGUUUAUCCCCUGGGUCCAUGUGGCAGGGGUGAGGAGUGAACACCACCUCACUCCUGCCACGCGGACCUCAAGGGAUAAGCCAUCAAUCCUGCUCACUGGUCAACUUUCCUCGCGGGGUCAUCCACAAAGACUGUGGGAGGAUUAAUCUUGUUAGUCUCACGGAUUUUCCCUGGAGGCCUUUGCAGAGAAGUGUUCAAACACAAGGCACACAGUGGGACACUGGCAUUAGCAUUUCCAGCUAAGCCCGAGAGGAUGCAGCCAUUCUUUGUUGACACCAUGGUGGAUCCAGAAGACACGAGAUGAAAUAGGAGGUUCUACCUUUUUUGUCCUGUGUAACCAUGGUGAUUCUCUUCAUCCUGCUGACCUUUCCAUCAGUAAGGGUUGUGCUGGAGAAAACCUUGAAGAGUGCACACACUUUAGUGGCUCUCAUUUAUUACAAAACUCAAUGAUACACCAUGAUGAAGGGUGUGACGUUAUUAAAUGUAAUUGUGUUGUUAGAUCUGGACAAGAAAGGGAAAAUAAACAUGUCAAUAAAAAUGUUUUACACCAA